GCGCGAAUUCAAGGCAAUCCAAGACCAGAUCCGAUUGAAGGACGCAAAUCAAAAUGACGGGCAUCCCGGAUAAAUCGUGGCAGCCACCGUACGUGACUCUAGAAACAACCAUGGGCGACAUAACAGUGGAGCUUUACUGGAAGCACGCCCCCAACACGUGCCGAAACUUCGCCGAACUGGCGCGCCGUGGCUACUACAACAACGUCAAGUUUCACAGAAUCAUACCGGACUUCAUGAUUCAAGGCGGAGAUCCCACGGCCACAGGUAGAGGCGGCGCGUCGAUCUACGGCAAGACGUUUGAUGACGAGAUACAUCCGGAGCUGAAACACACCGGAGCUGGGAUACUGUCCAUGGCAAAUUCCGGUCCAGACACAAACGGCAGCCAGUUCUUCAUAACUCUGAGUCCAACGCAAUGGCUGGACGGGAAGCACGCCAUCUUUGGUCGUGUACAGUCUGGCAUGACCGUUGUUCAUCGCAUGGGACGAGUCCCUACCGACAACAAUGACCUCCCCCUCGAAGACGUCAAGAUAGUGCGUGCUUUGGUGCGGACAAAGUGACCAGACCCUUGGUCUGUGCACCCAUGACUGUUGUCACAACUUGUCAUCCCUGGUUUUGAAGUCAAGCUGCUCUGUUAGAGUAACACUGGAGUUUGGCAGGCAGUUUCGUGCUUUUUUCACUUUUAUGAUGUUUCAUUAAAUGAUGGAUUUGGCAUA